CGCUCGUUCAGCAUGGCCUCGCACCACCGAGCGACCGCCAACAGCACGUGGGCGUCCUCGAGCGUCGGCCACACGCCCUCAGCCCGGGAAACGCUCCUCGCCUACAUCGAACGCGCUUGCGACCCUUCCCUGCACGAGCCCAACCUGUCGCUCGACCUCGAGAUUGCCGACCUGAUCAACAGCAAGAAGGCCAACCUGCCCCGAGAGGCAGCGGUCGAGGUCGUGCGCCUCGUUAACCACCGCAACACGCACGUCGCCAUGCUUGCCCUGCAUCUCCUCGAUAUCCUCGUCAAGAACUGCGGGUACCCGUUCCACCUCCAGAUCAGCACCAAGGAGUUCCUCAACGAGCUCGUGCGGCGGUUCCCCGAGCGCCCGCCGACCUUUCCUCCGCCGCCGAUGAAGAAGAUCCUCGAGCUCGUGCACGAGUGGAAGUGCACGAUCUGCGCGUCGAGCAAGCGCAAGGAGGACCUCGUCCACAUCCGCGACAUGCACCGCCUGCUCAGCUACAAGGGCUACCGCUUCCCGAAUGUCGACCGUCGCGCCGCUCAGGUCCUGAACCCGACCGAGAACUUGCAGACGCCUGGCGAGCUCGAGGAGGAGGACCGGGAAGCGCAAGCAGCGAAACUGCAAGAGCUCAUUCGGCGAGGUUCGCCAAAGGACCUCGCGGCGGCGCAGGAGCUCAUGAAGAUCAUGGCGGGCGCAGAGCCGGAGAAGAAGCCCAACUACGAGGAGCAGGUGUCGAAGGAGCUCGACCGGGUGCAGCAGCGUGUCCUCUUGCUCAACGAGAUGCUCAACAACGCCAACCCGCGCGAGCGGUUCGUCGAGGGCGACGCCUACGACCAAAUCGCGCAAAAGUGCCGGCACGUCCAGCCCAAGUUGCAGAAGUGGAUCGCCGACUCGGCAGAGAACGACCCCGACUCGAUGGACCGCCUGCUCCUCAUCAACGACCUCAUCAACCAGGUGCUCAAGCGGUACGACGCGUUCAAGGCGGGCGACCGUACGGCGACGGCCGACAUUGACCCUGCACUUGCCUCGGGCCAGCCCGGCGCCAAAGCGCGCUCGCAAGCCCAGCAGGUGUCGCUCAUCGACUUUGACGACGACGACGCCUUUUCGGCGCCGGCGCCGGGCACGCCGGGCCUCGGAGCGGGCGCGCCGGCGGCAGGAACGAGCACCAACCCGCUCGACGACCUCGCGAGCCUGUCGCUCGGGGGUGCGCCGGCUGCGGCGUCGACGGCGUCGGGCAGCAACUCGCUGUUCGACCUCGGCGCCGCGUUCGGCGCCCCUGCACCCUCCUCCGCCGCACCCUCACCUGCUGCCGCCUCUCGCCCGACCCAGGUCGGCGGCGGCUCGUUCUUCUCGAACCCGGCGUACGGCAACGGCGGCGGCGGCAACGGUGGUGCGGCGGCGGCGCACAGGACGGCGUCGCCGUUUGGCGGCGGGUCGGGCGGGCUCGGGAGCAUCUCGCUCGGGACGCCGGCGGGCGCGGCGGGCAUGGCGGCCAUGGGUCGAGCAGGAGCAAUGGGCGCGGGCGUCGGUGGGGCUGGCGCGAGCCCGCCGUUGCCGCCGGUGCCGCCCAAGACGGCGCCGCCGGCCAAGCAGGACGCGUUUGCCGACCUACUCGGCGAUUUCUGAGGCGACAACGCGCUCUCGGUCCUCGUCUGCCGCGGUUCUCGCGCCCUCGUCGUCUCAUCUGUGUCUCUCUCUCGUUCUCCUUUCAGUAUCUCUCCCUGUUCCCUCUCGCUCGACGCCGUCGGAAAAGGCAGGUCGCAAGUCGUUUC